ACUCUAACCUAUAAAAAAUAAAGUAAGUGGGAGUGACAGCGGCUGUGAUUAAAUGACGAAAAAAAUAAUAGUUUAUAACCAUGGUGUUUAAUUUUCCAGCCUUUUCGUAUAUUAUUGCUCUUAUAGUAGAUGCAUUUCUAAUAUUUUUUUCGCUAUUUCACGUUAUCGCAUUUGAUGAGCUUAAAACCGACUAUAAAAAUCCAAUAGAUCAAUGUAAUAGUUUAAACCCUUUAGUACUUCCCGAGUAUUUAUUACAUCUACUCUUUAAUGUACUUUUCGCUGCUGCUGGAGAAUGGUAUUCACUAUUAAUCAACAUGCCGCUAAUUGCGUACCACAUAAACCGAUACCGUACCAGGCCGGUAAUGUCUGGACCGGGCCUUUAUGAUCCGACGAGCAUCAUGAAUGCUGAUACGUUAACCCGUUGUCAAAGAGAGGGUUGGAUAAAAUUGGCAUUUUACCUCCUCUCCUUCUUCUAUUAUCUUUAUGGAAUGAUUUACUGUCUUAUUUCAACGUGAAUUCCAAUUCGGAACGCAGAACAUCACUGAAUACGUACUGGGAUUUCGGUUCUUAUUCUUAUGCAUGGUGUCUCUUAUUAUUUAAGUUGUAAUUAAUUCUUUUAAUUGCAUAAUAAGACGAACCGAUAUCCCUCAUCCUUUAAAGUAACAUGUAGCUGUACGUUUAAUUCAUACAAAGUUUCUAUCGAUGUGUUUCUUAUGUAUCUGUCAACCAAUAUGAAUUGCAAAGUAAGCUAUAAUUACAGUUAUCGGUUACGAAUAAGUAAAUGGAAAAUAUUAAUUUAAUGCUCUACUAUUAUUUGUUCAUUUUUGCUUGUUAUUGCUAAAACGUUAUUUUAUCACAUCGACAUUAACUGUGUAGCUAUGUGUGCAUGUAAUUAUUGGUAAAGGUCUGUUAACUUAUUAUUGUGUUCAAUUUUGUGAGUGGUAACUGCUCAUAGUGUACAUUUCUGAGAGGUUUCACAUUAAGUCAAUUUACUCCAAGAGGAAUCAGUUUAAUUUGUUAAAGUAGUACAAUAACCAUGCAUAAUUGUAUCUUUUAAAGAGGCAAUAAACAAUACUAAAGUUG